CACCAUCUCCAUUAAAACAGAAACAAUGGGCUUAUUCGGAUCCAGCUCAAACUCAACUACCCCUCCCGAACAAACGAUUCCCACACGAUCAGCCAGACAAGAAUGUUGGAAUUCGCGUGAUGCAUAUUAUGCUUGUUUAACAUCCAAUAAUAUAAUCGUGCCUCCCGGUACAGAUAUGGCAGACGGAAGAGCGCCAGGCGGAGGAUUAAAACAAACGAAUGAAGACAAACAAAGGGAAAAGGAAAAACAACAAAAGUUACAACAAGACAGACAAUCUGAUCCAUGCAAUAAAGAAAGGGAUUUGUAUGAAGGACAUUGUGCCAAAAGUUGGAUUGACUACUUUAACAAACGGAGAGUGUUGGAAGAGAGACAAAGGUUAAUGUAUGCUCAAGGUAAAGCUCCUCUAGGAUCUGGACCAGCACCGGGAAACCGAGCUUGAAGGACCGAUUGGAGGAUAGCAUUGAGGGCACUUGUACCAUAUCAUCAACUCUUUUUUAAUAUUCAUUCACUGCUCUGGAUUUAGCGAAUUUUUCUCAUUUCUUGACCGCGGAAGUGAGUGGUGGAUAAAAUUAGCUCUCAAUAUCCGGCUACCGCUUUAAGCGCUUUAUUGCCUAAAAGACGGACCUUUUGUCUCCUUUUGUUGUCCGUAAUGGUUGUGGGAUACCGUCUUCAUAGCGGCGGCGGAGAAGGAAAGGUGUGUUUGAUUUCAAGUGUAAUGGCGUGCGAUCCUUUUCCUCUUCUCCCCAAAACACGGAGCCGCAUUUUUGGCGUGCGCGUAUUUUUGAAAUAUUCUGACAAGGAAAGAUUCCA